AUGCCCGACUCGAAAAGCUUUUACUACGAGGCAGCACGUCUCCUAUGCUUUGUUUGCUCUAAACGAGCGACCCUGAAAAGCGCAUUUUAUAGUCAAGAUGGCGAGGCUAGUUGCAUUCCUGUAUUGGUUUUGUUAAAUGUGCUCAAAUUUAAUAAGUCCCAAUCAGUUGAGAUUUUGGACGCUUGUGCGGCUCCUGGGAACAAAACUACGCUCCUCUUGUCGGGUCUGAAAAAAACGAACCAGACUGGUCGCGUCGUGGCUAUUGAUCGUGAUCCCAAAAGAUUCAAACAACUCUGUAAUAAUCUUCGGCGCAUUCACGACGGUCCCGUCAAAGUGAAUGGCAAAGUAGAUGGUGGUCGAACACAGCAGAAGUCGUCAGGUGAACUGAUUUGUGAAGCAAAUUGCCGCGAUUUUCUCUCGAUUGAUCCGGUCGGUGAAGAAGAAUAUUGUAACAUCAAGGCCAUUCUCGUUGAUCCAACCUGUUCCGGUUCGGGCCUCUGUUUUAAAAGCCCCGAACUCUUGGCGGAGAAGGAAGAGGGUGAGGAGAAAACUGAGCGAAUCAGACGACUGGCCAACCUUCAAGCGAAGAUUCUCAGACAUGCACUGUCGUUUCCUAAUGUUGACGUGGUCGUCUAUUCCACUUGCUCAAUCUACAAGGAGGAAAACGAGGCAGUGGUUCGUGAGCAGGCGGAGGCCUUUGCCGGGGACUUUCACCUGACUACAAUAUGGAAGGAGACUGCAAUCGAUUCCGGGCAGGAAAACCCCUUUGCUCCCAUCGCCCCAUGGAAGUCCCGCGGCUUUGCGGAUACUGAUGACCAAAAGAUGUCGCGCUGCCUGCGAUCCUCUCCCGAGAAGGAUCUUACCAUCGGCUUUUUUGUGUCGUGUUUCAAGCGCCGGAAGCAUACCAAAAAAACCACUUUGGUGUAA